AUGGAAGCCGACCUCCACAACGCCAUCGGACAGAAGAUCCUCAAGGACAUACACCACAAGUUCAUCAUGUAUCAGAUCUUCAAAGGCAUCAAAUACCUCCACUCCGCCGACAUCAUCCAUCGGGACCUAAAACCCUCCAACAUACUCAUCAACUCCGAUUGCCACCUCAAAUUGUGUGAUUUUGGACUUGCCAGAAGCCUGUAUCAGGAUGAGGAGAAAGAUUUGGCACUUACUGAGGAACCCAAGCCUUUCAAGGAUUGGUUCAAGAGCGAUACUCCUGUUGAAGCUCUGGACUUAUUGAAUAAAAUGCUUCAAUUCAAUCCAAAUAAAAGAUUAACUGCCCAAUAGGCACUAAGGCAUCCUUAUCUUGCCCAAUUCAGCAAUCCAAAAGAAGAACCAGUGAGCAAGAAGGCCAUUGUUCCUCCAGUUUCUGACAACAAGAAACUCAAUCUCAAACAAUACAAGCAGCUCAUCUAUGAUCGGGUCAAGAGACUAUAUAGUGAGCAUCCAUAA